CCGCUCCACCUCGCGCAUGGUCUGCUGGUCCAACAGCGCGCCAGAUUUGUCGGCGCAAUUGCGUCGAGCGCCCAGUGCUUGUGGUAUGCAGCAUCCUGUCGGGAGCUCUAUCGAAGCGCCGGGAUGUAUGUGCUCAGCAGACGAGACGAAGCGCCGGGAUGUUUGUGUUUAGCAGACGAGUUCUCGCACUCGCAAGUCUUUUGCGGAUGGCAGAGCUGCUCGACUUUGGCUGGAUCGAAGCAUUCCUUGGCUCAUCAGCGGGCGCGUCGGUGCGUCCUCAUUCCCAAGCCUCGCAUGCGGCUCAAGGUGUAGGGCAUGGCACAGCUUGCGACCGAGAGGAGGCGGGGUGGCUGCCUCUCUGGGUAGGCACCUCGCAGUCCGAUGAGGUGCAAAGGAGCGUGGCGAGAUGCGGGCGCUUGGAUGUGGGUCGUUGACAGACGAGCAGUCUUUCGACUUUUCUCGCACACAUCAGCGCCUCGUCACACACCAGAGCGGGAACGCCAAGAGUCUUCUAUUCAAAACAAAGGUUACAUCGGUACAUGGAAUACGAGGCGAGAGCGUGGCAUUACGUGCGCGUUAUGCCCCCUUUCCCCAGCUCAAGAACGCGAGUCAGGGCCAUCAUGGCGCUGAACGACGCUGCGGCGUGUCAAUCAUAGGCGGGAGCGUGCGUGCACCAUCUCUCCGUAACGUUUGCGGUCGUUUGCAUCUGUUGAAGCGUGGCGG